CCGUGCACCUUGCUUGUCUAAAAUCUGUCAUGUGUUUGCAUGUGCCCUCACUUACUGGCCAGCGCUACUUCCAUAGACAAGUGCGAUGUGUUUAUUUGUAUUUCUAUGCAAGCUCUAUCACUACUCCUUUUCACUAUCUGUUGUUAUAUUCUCCCAUCAUUCGUCCGUUUUUUUGGUCCAGCAAAUCACAUCUAAUGACGACGAGCUCCCGCGCUGUUCACGGUAUUCGACUUCGACGAACCGGAGGCAAUAACGGAACAAUCCAUCGAUACGCAGGAGCGGUUUGUAAAGCUUUUUUUCACUUUGCCCUCGUCUGGAAAGUCGCACUCGAUGUUUGCGUUGGUCGCUGAUGAUUGACCUUUACUUCCCCCACUUGCAUGCAAAUGAGCCUGGCUCACUCGGUUGGCUCCACCCUGCUCCACAUUCAGGGCCAGUGCAAUCAAACACAUAUAUAUCUGAUAUCAAAGAUAGUACCCAGAUGGCCAGAUCACACUACUGCAUCAUGUUGGCUAUCUGCAGCCUGAGUAACACAUGCACCAUGCCGCUUUAGCGACGUCAGUUUUCAUGUGCUAUUGAAUUCAAACCGUGUCAUCAGAUCUAAAUCACAUCUCCGGAUACCCUGGAGUUGCGCAGUGGACCAGGCACAACCAGCUUUACCAGACCGGUCGGCAAGUAGCUAACAUGGCUCCAGGGACAGUUGGCGCGACUGAUUUCUAUUUAUUCUACCACCUGCACCACGACACACCUCUAU